UCAGACCUGCACCGAGACCUGGACUCUUCACGGGCUGUGCUCAGCAUCGAAAAACCAGGGUUUUUUGUUGUUGUUGUUGUUUUUUUUUUGACGGACGUUGUUUUGUUUUUUCGCUCGGUUUCAGUUCGGUGAUGUUUAUUGUGCUUUUCCAGUUUUUUUUGACGUCGGUAGGAAGAUGAGAGAGAGAGAGACGGAGACUCAGGGAAACUCAACCUGCCUGUCAGUUGGACUCAGGGAGAUUGAAGAUAACGUCGUCGAGCAGUAAGAGACGCUCUUCUUCCUCAAAACAUGGGACAUAACUCACUGAAGGAAAUCGAGUUAAAGAUUCCUUAUCGAUCUGUGGGACCUUACAACACCUCAGACUCACUGUAAAUUGACACACAAGCACACUGCGACAAGUUGUGACAAGUCGUAAGAUUGCGCUCGCAGGUAUUUUAUCUCGAGGCAAGAGGCUGACGGAUCACAAUGCCAGACGAGUCCAGAACUUUCCAGGAUGAAUUCAGGCCCGGACAAGAAGCAGCACAGAUAGCCUUAGUGCCAAACAUUGUUGUCGUCCCCAGCGACGGCAAAGGCAAAGCUAGUACCUUGGAGCCCAAAAGAGACGGCCUCAAACAGCAAGAUGUUCCUGGAGGGAGUCCGGCAGGACUUGGUGCGUCCCCGGUUUCCGUGGAGUUGGGCGAGGUGAAGACGGCCGUUCCCGAACCUCUCAAGGCCAUUUCUUUGUUGAAGGGGAGAGAAGUGAGCAUGGAUCAGGAGUCCCCGGUUGAUCCAUCGGGCAUUAAGCUACACAGCGACAUGAACCUUCCACUGCAGGCAAACAGCUGCACCGACUCGGACUACAGCAGCACCAAGUCCAGCCCCGGUUACGCCUGCAGCAGCUUCGGCACGGACCUCUACGACGGAGAGCUGCUGGAGCUCGACAAAAGGAAGUUGGAGAAGACGAGCUCCAUUUCCCCCGUCAACCUGUCUGGGACCAGCCUAGAUUCGGACAAGGCCAAGAAGAGCAACCUGGACUUUAACGGAGGCGAUUCCAUGUUGGACCUGACUGGCAAAUCGAAAGCGGAAAACUCGACCAAUGGAAGUUCACCCAGGUCGUCCAUCGUUAGGCAAACCAGAGACAGCAUGGACAUCGGAUCCGGGCGGUACCUCGAGGACGACUACGUCGACAGGCAGAGCACCCGGUCUAGACGGAGUGUGAAAGAAGGGGUGUUUUGCUGCUAUCAGGCCACGAACAGAGCUUUCUUGCGCUGCGUUGAGGAGACUCCAGCCAUGCUCGGCCUGCUGCUGUCCAUCAUCUUCUGCGUGGUCAUCAUCAUCGUCAUUCCUGCUACUGGAAGGACAGAAGAACCGUACCUUGGCGAUCACGUCGGUGCCCUGUCGGUGGUGUGCGUGGUUCUCUGUCUGAACGUGAUCUUGAUCGCCUGCUUGCCCUGGGUGGCCACAGUGAGACGCUGUGGAGGAGCGCUGGCGCUCUUCGUCUGGGGGAUGCUUUACGUCACGGCGAUAGUCUUCAUCUUCACAGGGGGAGAGGUGAAUGCAUGGGAACAGGUGGCGUUUUUCCUCUUCCUGUCUCUGAGUGUUUACACGGUCCUGCCCCUCUCUCUGACCUGGGCCCUCAUAGUUGGGAUAGGAAGCAGUGUUUCUCACAUCAUCAUCAUCAGUGUGUAUGUCCCUGUCAAGAAUGCUAACACUCGUCCAAACAUUCCACAACUGGCCGAGCAGCUGGUGGCGAACGCCGUGCUGUUCGUGUGCGUCAACUGCUUCGGGGUCUUCCACCUGUGGAUGACCGAGAACGACCUCAGGGCAUCCAACAAGAAGCGGGAAGAGUUCAGCGCUGUGCGCUCCCAGAAGGAAGUGAAGAAGUAUCAGCAGGAGGGCCUCUUGCUGUCGGUGUUGCCACGCUACAUCGCCGUGGAGCUGAAAAGUGAGAUCAUCAAGAGGCUGUCCAAGCCGAAGGGCGACGAGGCGAAAGAAAUCAGCAACCACCCCAACUUUCACAGCCUUUACAUUCGGCAGCACAGGGAUGUCAGCAUCCUGUACGCAGACAUUGUCGGCUUCACGAAGCUAGCGAGCACCUGUACGCCCGAGGAGCUGGUCGGGGUCCUCAACAAGCUUUUUGGCAAAUUUGAUGACAUCGCAAAGAAGAACGAGUGUCUCCGCAUCAAGAUCCUGGGGGACUGCUACUAUUGUGUUUCCGGCCUCCCUGACCCCAUUCCCACCCACGCCAUCAACUGCGUUCGGAUGGGCCUGGACAUGUGCACCGCCAUCAAUGAACUUAGACGGGCUACAGAAGUGGAUAUCAACAUGAGGGUUGGCGUUCACACUGGCAAUGUGCUCUCUGGUGUGAUUGGCUCUCAGAAGUGGCAGUAUGACGUCUGGUCAAAUGAUGUUACCUUAGCCAAUCUAAUGGAGUCCGGAGGCCUUCCUGGGCGAGUCCACAUAACAGAAGAAACCCUGCUGCACCUGAAUGGAGCGUACGAGGUGGAGGACGGGGAUGGGGAAAGUCGAAAUAUUCACCUGUACGGGAGAAAAACAUUCCUGGUUAUUGACCCCAACAAACCAAGCAGCGUUCCGCGAAGGCCUAAUCUGGCAGCGGGUGAGAACAAGCAGCGGGCGUCCGUCCGAAUGUCUCAGUACCUCAAAUCUUGGAAGACCAUCCACCCUUUCGCCGACCUGAGCAACCCACAGAAAAAGAAGGCCUGCAAGCCUCUCAAAGAUGUCGUAACGCGUACACGACUGACAUCGGAGGAAGAACAAUCUUUUUACAACAAUCCCAACCGUCUGUCUAUCGAUAGCAGCAUAAAGGGAUCACUUGACACAGUGGACAUAACUGGGAAGAAAGUGAAGAAACUCAACUGGUUGACUCUGUUGUUUAAUGACUUCAGUGUAGAGAAACAGUUCCGCCUGUCAAAGGUGACAAAUUUGCACUACUCAGUGAGCUGCAUUGUCAUCAUUUUCGUGUCUCUUUUCACCGUCCAGAUGCUUGUCUCUGAAAAGAACUUUCAAAUGGCAGUGUCCUACGGUGUGACCUUUCCUGUAAUGGUGGCACUUCUGGUCAUUUCUUUUGUUGCAUACAUGAAGAAAUUGCACUCCAAGUUGCCAUUGAAUGUCCAGUGGGUAGUGAAGCUGUCACGCAACUUCCUUGCCAGGGCGGUGCUGCGGCUUUUCCUCGUCACUCUGUGUGUCCUCAUCACUUUGCUCAUGGCCUUCCUCAACUUGAUCGUCCUCCCAGCAAGGAACUGCACGUCGGUCACUAACACCACGUAUUUAGGAGGACACAGACUGUAUAAUCUGCCUUACUACCUGUACUGCUGCCUGCUGGCCAUGCUGGGAGUGAUGGUGUUUGUUAGGAUCUGCUUCUCUGUGAAGGGAUUCCUGCUCACGCUGGCUGUGGUGGUGUACCUGGCCCUCUUCCUCAAAGUCUACGAAAACGAGUCCAGUUGCCUUGUGGAUGUGUACUACGAUAAAAAUCACACACAUGUCGGGGUGCUGAAAGACCCUCAGAUCAUGUCCGGGAUCUGGCUGGUCCUCUUUUACAUCGUGUGCCUCAUUCUGGCCAGACGGGACGAGCUGACGUGUCGCGUAGACUUCCUGUUGGAGUGCUGCUUCCAAACAGAGCGCGAGGAGAUGGAGACCAUGGAGAACGUCAACAAGCUCCUCCUGGAGAACGUCAUGCCACUUCACGUCGCCUCCUUCUUCAUGGGCAAAGCCGUCGACAAUCAAGACCUGUACAGCGAAUCAUACGACUGCGUGUGUGUGCUGUUCGCGUCGUUGCCUCAGUUCAAAGAGUUUUACAGCGAGAGCAGCGCCAACGGAGACGGCCUGGAGUGUCUUCGCUUCCUCAACGAGAUCAUACUGGACUUCGAUGGCCUUCUGUCGAAGCCCAAAUUCUCUUCCGUUGAGAAGAUUAAGACGAUCGGCAGCACUUACAUGGCUGCUGCAGGACUAAGACACAGCCCUGUAGGAGAAGACAAUAAGAAAGUCGACAUGACCUACAUCACUGUCCGCACCAUGGUGGAGUUUGCAAUAGCUAUGAUGAGCAAACUGGAAAACCUCAACCAGCACUCUUUCAACAACUUUAAACUCCGAAUCGGAGUGAAUCACGGCCCAGUGAUCGCCGGAGUUAUCGGCGCCCACAAACCUCAGUAUGACAUCUGGGGGAACUCUGUUAAUGUUGCCAGUAGGAUGGAAAGCACAGGGGAACUGGAGAAGAUACAGGUGACGGAGGAGACCUCCCAAAUUAUCCAGAGCGUGGGGUACGACGUCACGCUCCGAGGAAAAGUCAACGUGAAGGGGAAAGGAGAACUCACUACCUACUUCGUCAAAACCGACCAUUCGACUCCUCAGUUCUAAUGGAUCUUAGACCGACUCCCGCGGCUCGGUCUGCCUUAAAGAACACGGCGCCGGAUGAGUCAUUCUGGUUCCCGCACAACCAGUGGCUGAGACUUAAAGGAAGACAGCCGCUGCAUUUUCGCACCAGAUGCUGACUCAACGACGAAACAGGAUCAUGGCAACAGAACUCGUUUUCACAGGACGAGACAGUGAAGACGAUCCAUCCUGACUGCUGAAAACGAAACACAAAUGGCGUCUGGAAGGAGAACUCUCCCACCUCAUGGACCUCUAAAAAGCCUGCCAGGCACGCUCUGCAUUGUACUGUAUCAUUCUAUAUACUGAAAAAUAUUUUUAAUGGGAGAACUCACCAAGGCUGGAUCACGUUCGUCACCAAAUUCCUAAAUAUUGCUGAUUUAGGUUCAACGGAAACACAGUGACCAAAUACUGUUGUAAGAGAAAAGCUCGCGGCUUACAAAAGAAACUUGGUCUUCCUCGAAAAACAAAUGUCUGACUUGAAAGAAUGACAUUUGUCAUGUAUUCAAAAUAAUUUUUGUAUGUCACUUCUAUAUUGGGGGAUACGUUUUACCUUAUGGAUUUGAUUUAUUGAAAUGCACUGGUUUAACGUAGGGACCAAAAAAUGUUUUUCAUUCCAACAACCUGUUAUAAUAGGAAAAACAUGCACAUUCCUGAUUACAGAGAUGGAAAAUUGGGAAGAACGUAAAAACAAAACAAAAAAAUUUUUUUUUGUUGCCCCAUUCUCAAAAUGAGUGGACCAAUAGAUAAGAGUGUCAAAAAAAAAGAAGUAGAGUUUGCACAGAAAUGAACUUUUAUUGUUUACCUUUUUAGUCUGAGAUGCUGUAGAUGGAGUGGGGUGGAAUUUUUUUUUUUUUUUUACACUUUGCACAGCCUGAAGGGUUGGGAUCCCAGAGUAUGACGUCACUGGUGACAUUCCUGGGAUGCGGUCGCUGUGAGCCCUGAUGCUUCAAACUACUGUUUCAAAUAAUGUCUCAAACUGACACGACUCGAGCUGGAAAAAAAAAAAAAAAAACUCAACACACGCGUGACAUGAUUCCAUGAAAACUUACAUGACAUUGCACUUUUGGACUUGUGAUUGAAGGAUGAACUGUAACUUGUAUGUUUGUGUCGUAUUGAGGGAAUGCUGAGAACUGUGAAUGAGGGGGCGGGGGGGAAAGCUUUAUUAGUAUGAAAAUAUAUUUUUUCUAUUCUAUUUAUAUAAACUAAUAAUGAUAAUUAAA